AUGGCUAAGUUGCUUAAGCCAUGCCGACUGGACACGGAUCCCAGCUCUCCUACGGCGGCCAAGGAGUGGAAACACUGGCACCGCACGUUUCAAAACUUCAUUGAGGAGAGUGGAGAGGCCGCACCUAACAAGCUGAGGGCUCUAGUGAACUGUGUAUCCCCGAGUGUGUAUGAACUCAUCGAAGACUGUGUUUCAUAUGAAAGUGCCGUUGCAAAACUGGAGAGUGUUUACGUCAAGUUACCAAACGAGAUUUUUGCAAGGCAUGUUUUGGCAACCCGACGACAGCAGUCGAGCGAAUCCCUUGAUGAAUUUUUGAGGGAGCUACAUAAACUAAGCAAGGACUGUAACUUCAAGGGAGUCACAGCUAAACAAUAUCGGGAGGAGCUGGUACGUGAUGCGUUUAUUAACGGUAUUGCCUCUGCAUUUAUUCGUCAGCGCCUGCUAGAAAAUAAGUCCUUGAAUCUUGAGGCGGCAUACAGUCAAGCCCGUACAUUGGACCUUGCCCAGCGGAAUGCUGAUGCAUACACGUCUUCCUUGCCUGUUCCUCAUGCUGCUGCUUUAGUUCCAGGACAGCAGGAACUGCCCAGUGAUGACCAACAACAGCAGUCAACGAAAGAAGGGGCAGAAAGAAGACCACCUGUGGACUUGACUGUCGCUGCUGCACACGUAUCUAAGAAGAAAUGCUAUUUUUGUGGUAAUGCAUUCCACAUUACAGGUAGGGCUAGUUGUCCUGCACGUUCUGUUACAUGCAACAACUGUGGUAAAACGGGUCAUUUUGCCAAAGUCUGUAGAUCCAAGGCUAAGGCUUAUGAUAGCACUACCGCCACACUGUAUAAUCCCACUCUGCUCACACUUGCUGCCACUUUUCCAAAGAAUCUUUCACAUGCAGCUACCGACAUCACUGUCAAUGGUCAUUCACUGAAGGCACUAAUCGACUCAUGCAGUUCGGAUAGCUUCAUAAGUGAGAAAGUGGCACAUAAAUUAAAGCUGACAGUAGUUCCGGCAAGCAAGGAGAUUUCAAUGGCGUCAGCAUCUUUAAAUAUUAGCUCCCCAGGGUAUGUUACAGUAGACUUGGGUCAUAUUGAUCAAAAUUACCCAUGUGUUCAGCUAGGAGUCUUAAAGGAUUUAUGUUGUGAUGUGAUCUUGGGUCAUGAUUUUCAAAAACAACACAAGAGUGUAACUUUUCAGUAUGGGGGAAAUAAGCCAAGUUUAAGGGUAACUAGUAACUUUGCAUUGGCAACAGCUGAUAUCGAGGAGCCUUCACUGUUUCCGAACUUGCCUCAACAAUGUAAACCAAUUGCAGUUAAAUCCAGACACUAUUGCAAAGAUGACCAGUUAUUUAUAAAUGACCAGAUAUCACGCUUGUUGUCUGAAGGCGUCAUUGAGCCAAGCAUAUCCCCAUGGAGAGCACAGGUCGUAGUUGUGAAAGAUCCACUUGACAGGCACAAAAAGAGACUUUGUAUUGAUUAUUCUCAAACCAUCAACCAAUACAUAGAACUAGAUGCAUAUCCCCUCCCGAGGAUAGAGGACAUGGUACAUAAUCUUGCAAAAUACAAGGUGUUUUCUACGUUUGACUUGAAGACUGUAUACCACCAAAUCAGCAUUAAAGAGAGUGAGAGGAAGUAUACUGCUUUUGAGGGUGCAGGAAAACUGUAUCAGUUUUGUAGGGUUCCAUUUGGUGUCACUAAUGGAGUAGCUGUAUUUCAGAGAGCUAUGGAUAAAUUAGUUGAAGAUGAGGAUCUUAAAGAUACUUUCCCAUAUCUCGAUAAUAUUACUGUAGCUGGAUCAACUCAGGAUGAGCAUGAUGAAAAUGUUAAGAAGUUCUUGGAGGUUGUUCGAAAACGGAAGCUCACCCUCAAUGAAUCUAAAUCAGUUAUGUCUGUGCCUAUAAUCAAUGUUCUCGGGUAUUGUGUUGGUGAUAAUGUCAUAAAGCCUGAUCCUGACAGAUUACGUCCCCUUCAAGAAUUACCACCUCCUACCAAUAUGAGGUCUUUGCGAAGAGUUCAAGGGUUGUUUGCAUAUUAUGCUAAAUGGAUCCCUGGCUUCUCUGAUAAAAUCCAACCUUUGAUAAACACGAAAACUUUUCCGCUGAGUGAAUCAGCACUAACUGCCUUUAACUCCUUGAAAAAGCAGCUUAUGGAUGCUUCUCUAAGAUCUGUGGAUGAGAGCCUUCCUUUUGUUGUGGAGUGUGAUGCUUCGGAGGUCGCUAUCUCAGCAGUCUUAAACCAGGGUGGCCGGCCAGUAGCUUUUAUGUCAAGAACGCUUCAGGGUGGUGAGCUGCAUUAUCCUGCUGUAGAAAAGGAUUCUACAGCUAUUAUUGAAGCAGUUCGCAAGUGGAGUCAUUUCUUAGCUAGACGACAUUUUACUCUGAUUACUGAUCAGCGCUCUGUGAUGUUCAUGUUAGACAACAGAAAGCGAACCAAGAUAAAGAAUAACAAGAUACAAAAGUGGAGGCUGGAGCUGGCAUCAUUCAGUUAUACAAUACAGUAUCGUCCUGGGAAACAGAAUGUUGCGCUGGAUACCUUGACUCGUGAAUACUGUUGUUCUGUUUCUUCAAUGUCGAAUCUCACUGAAAUCCAUGAGAAUCUUUGCCACCCUGGGGUAAUUCGGCUUUUGCAUUUUGUGCGGUCUAAGAACCUUCCCUUCUCAACAGAUGAUGUGAAAAAGGUGUGUGCUACUUGUAAGGUCUAUGCACAGCAAAAACCACAAUUCCAUCGUUCAGCACAAGGGGUCCUCAUUAAAGCCACACAGCCGAUGGAACGCCUUAGCAUUGACUUCAAAGGACCUUUACCUUCCACCACAAACAAUAAGUACAUACUUACAGUUGUUGACGAAUACUCACGUUUUCCUUUUGCACUUCCUUGUCCAAAUAUGCAUUCAAAAACAGUAAUCAAAUGUCUUGAGUCUAUCUUCAGUCUUUGUGGAAUGCCAAGUGUUAUUCAUUCAGAUCAAGGUCCUUCUUUUAUUUCUCAAGAACUGAAGCUGUACCUUUCUCAGAAAGGGGUAGCAACAAGCAAAACAACACCUUAUCACCCAAUGGGUAAUGGCCAGGUUGAGAGGUACAACGGAAUUAUUUGGAAAGCUGUUUGUUUAACACUUGCAUCUCAUGGUUUGAGGAAUCAACACUGGGAGAUGGUGCUUCCUGAGGUUUUGCAUUCAGUAAGAUCACUCUUAUGUACUGCAACCAAUGAGACACCACAUGAGCGUUUCUUCAGGUUUCAACGACGUUCUAGUUUUGGAAAUGGAUUACCAUCAUGGCUUUUGACCCCUGGACAAGUGUUAUUGCGACGGCAUGUUAGGUCUAGCAUACACGAACCAUUAACUGAUCAGGUAGAACUUGUUGAUGUGAACCCAAUGUAUGCAAGUGUCAAAUAUCCAGAUGGCCGCGAGUCAACCGUGUCUAUCCGUGACUUAGCUCCAAGUCCUGAGAGUCCGACGACUCCUGUGCACCAGGAUGAAGCACAAGGAAAUAUAGAGACCCCAGGUUCACCCAAAACCCAAGGUGUACAACCUCAUAAUAAUCAUGAUUCCCAUUCACCCACUGGGCCCAUUGAGUUAAGGAGGUCGACUCGUGUGUCGAAGCCCCCCGAUCGUUACGGAUGGGAUUAAACCUGAUAUGUUCGGAUAUCUACCUGGAACUCAUUUUGUUAAUGUUGAAUUUUUCUAGGAGGGGAGAAUGUGGUAAUUAUUGUACAUUGGCAACACUGAUUGGCGUUACUGUUUUCACGUUUGGUAGCACUGUGUAUCGUCAGUCACAAUGGUACCACAGGCCAGUGCAGA